CAACCGAGCAGCAGCAAAUCAGUGUUGAAGACGCGUAGGAACUGUCCAAUUAGGCGGGCCUAGGGAGGCGGCUCUGUUUCCUGCCCGGAAAGCCAGAGCCUGAGCACACUGCUGAGCGCCACCUCACUGGGCUAGACCACCUUGCUAUAGGAUUUCUACCGGCUGCAGCCUGCCUUGAAAGGACCCUGGAAGACCCUCGAACCACACAAUGGAGGCAGUAUCCUUUGAGGAUGUAGCUGUGACCUUCACUAUGGAAGAGUGGGCUUUGCUGGAUCUGUCCCAAAAGAAGCUCUACAGGGAUGUGAUGUUUGAAACCUUUAGGAAUGUGGCUGCUAUAGGGAAAAGCUGGGAUGAUGAGAAAAUUGAAGAUGAGUACAAAAACUUCAGGAGAAAUUUAAGCAGUGAAGAGGUAGCAAAAUGCUAUGAAUAUCAAUUAUGGAAUCAACAUGGAGAAAUGAUUUUCUGGACUACAGAUGAUAAUGUGAACACAAAAUCAGUUGGUACCAAACCAGCUGAAAACCUUAGCUCUAGAAAGCCCCUGAUUGGUCAUUCAUCAGCAAAUGUACACAUUAAAGCAAACACUGAACUCAAAUUACAUGAGUAUCAGGGAUAUGAAGAGAAGUUGUCUAGCUGUAACAGAUAUGGGGUAACCUGCACUGACUUGCAGUCCUCUCAGAAGCUUGCAAAGGCAAAUCCUGGAGAGAAAUUCUAUGAAUAUAAGCAACAUGGAAAAUUGUACUCUGACUGCAUUGAAGGAACUAACACUAAAGAGAAGCCUUUUGUAUAUGAGCACGAUGUGAAAGCCCUCAAUAUAGCCAACUAUGUUCAAAUCUGGGAAAGAAAUCACAGUGAAGUGAAUACUUACAUAUGUUCAGAAUGUGGAAAAGGUUUUACUUCUCACCAUUUUAUUCAGAUACAUGAAAGAGCUCACACUGACAAAAAACUGUAUGUAUGUAAACACUGUGGGAAAUCCUUUACUAAUAACACUUCCUUUGGUAAUCAUCAAAGAACUCACAUUGGGGAGAAACCAUAUGUAUUUAAGCAACAUGGAAAAGCUUUUAGCACACACAGUGAUUUUCAAAGACAUGAAAGGACUCAUACUUGGGAGAAACCCUAUGAAUGUAAGCAAUGUGGGAAAGCUUUCAAGACACACAGUGAUUGUCAAAGACAUGAACGAACUCACACUGGGGAGAAACCCUAUGAAUGUAAGCAGUGUGGGAAAGCUUUCAGUACAUACAGUAAUUGUCGAAUACAUGAAAAAAUUCACACUGGGGAGAAGCCUUAUGUAUGUAGGCAUUGUGGAAAAGCAUUUAGCAGACAGAGUAAUUGUCAAAUACAUGAACAAAUUCACACUGGGGAGAAACCCUAUGAAUGUAAGCAAUGUGGGAAAGCUUUCAGCAAACACAGUGUUUGUCAAAGACAUGAAAGAACUCACACUGAGGAGAAACCCUAUGAAUGUCAGCAAUGUGGGAAAGCUUUCAGAACACAGAGUGAUUGUCAAAGACAUGAACGAACUCACACUGGAGAAAAACCCUAUGAAUGUAAGCAAUGUGGGAAAGCUUUCAGCACACAGAGUAAUUGUCAAAUACACGAAAGAAUUCACACUGGGGAGAAACCCUAUGUAUGUAAGCAAUGUGGGAAAGCAUUCAGCAGGCGCAGUAAUUGUCAAGUACAUGAACGAACUCACACUGGGGAGAAACCCUAUGUAUGCAAGCAAUGUGGGAAAGGUUUCAGCAGACAUGGUGCUUGUAGAAUACAUGAAAGAACUCAUACUGGGGUAAAGCUCUAUGUAUGUAAGCAAUGUGGGAAAGGUUUCAGCAGAUAUAGUCAGUGUCAAAUACAUGAACAAACUCAUAUUGGGGAGACAUCCUAUGAAUGUAAGCAAUGUGGGAAAGCUUUCAGCACACACAGUGAUUGGCAAAAACAUGAAAGAACUCACAAUGAGGAGAAGCUCUAUGUAUGUAAGCAAUGUGGAAAAGCUUUCAGGACACACAGCGAUUGUCAAAGGCAUGAAAGAAUUCACACCGGGGAGAAACCCUUUGUAUGUAAGCAAUGUGGGAAAGCAUUCAGUAGACAUAGUAAUUGUCAAACACAUGAACGAAUUCACACUGGGGAGAAACCCUAUGUAUGUAAGCAAUGUGGGAAAUGUUUCAGCAGGCACAGUGCUUGUCAAAUACAUGAAAGAACUCAUACUGGAGAGAAACCCUAUAUAUGUAAGCAAUGUGGGAAAAGUUUCAGCAGACACAGUCAUUGUCACAUACAUGAAAGAACUCACAUUGGAGAGAAACCCUAUGAAUGUGAACAAUGUGGGAAAGCUUUCAGCACACAUAGUCAUUGUCGAAUACAUGAAAGAACUCACACUGGGGAGAGACCCUAUGUAUGUAAGCAAUGUGGGAAAGCUUUCAGCACACAGAGUAAUUGUCAAGUUCAUGAAAGAAUUCACACUGGGGUGAAACCCUAUGUAUGUAAACAAUGUGGGAAAGCUUUCAGCACAUGCAGUAGUUGUAAAAAACAUGAAAGAACUCACAGUAGGGUAAAACCAUAUGUAUGUAAGCAGUGUGGGAAAGGUUUCACAACACAGAGAUAUUGUCGAAUACAUGAAAAAACUCACAUUGGGCAGAAAUCCUAUGUAUGUAAGUAAUGUGGGCUAGCUUUAGCAAACAGCAAUUGUGAAAGCCAUAAAAGAACACAGUAGGGAGAAACUCUAUAUAAGCAAUAUGGAAUACCUUUCAGCACGCACAGGAAAAACUUUCAGUACACCCUGGUAUUGUGAAAUACAUGAGUUAUUUAGGAUAUAAAUGUGUAUGUAAGCAAUGUGGAAAAGCAAUUAUGCUAGGAAUGAUCAUAGAUAUUAAAAAACCUAGAGGAAGUAAACUUUGAAUAUAUAAAGUGACUUGCAUUGACCUGAAAGGACACAAUGAAGAGAAAUCCUUUCUUUGUAAACAAUAUGAAAAAUGUAAACCUACCUUAACUUCAAUAACCUCCAGCCAGGCAUUUUUU